AGAGAGAAGCGCUACCAGCCAAAAAACAUCGGUAAGUUUUUUUUUCUGAUUUCUGCAUGCAGGGCUACUUUGCCCGAACUUUUCAAAAUGUAAACGAACUAACGAAAAUUCUCGAGAAAGAUGUAACCGUCACCUGUUUUGCCUUGUCUUUGCGCACUAGUAAAGGUGGUUGGAUCAUGGCGCUUCUCCGUUCUUCAAGUGCCGUUCUUGUGUGAAACUAGGACUACGUUUGCCACGGCUCUCGUUAUUUCCCGGCCGCUGAUGCAGCAACAGGUGUGCAUGAGGGCCACCGUCUAUCUUUCGAUCAGCUGCGAAGAUCGCAAGAACCAUUCACGAUCGUGGGAACAAGACGAUGAAACUGAAAACCACCACACCUCGGCCAUCUGUCCGCCACGUGCCACCUGUCGGCGGCGGUGACGGCGUGCGACUGCGUGGUGCUCUGGUGAAAAUAUUACAAGGAGCUACAACAGGUGCCGGCCGCGGCGCUGCCCACGUCUCAACAAGAACAUAGGACCUUCCCGCAGACGUCCCAAGCUGUAGAGGCACGGUCGUGCUCGUCAUUGUUACCUCCAGCGAUCACUGCCCAGCACAUCAGCCAUGUCGCGCCACCUUCCGUCUUUGGGGGGCGCGAUUGACCUCAACCCGGGUUCUUUCAAUGGUGGGAUUUUUAACAGCCCAAAUUCAGGCGCAUGUUCUUUCAAAUUUCUGGUCCAGACGUUCAUACUGCUCAUCUCCUGUUCCGCGCUGUUAACCAUCUCCCUCUACAACUACCUUUUGAUUCAAACCCUCCGCGACGCGGAGAGUUACAAGGACGUCAAAGUCUUUGGCUUGCCGAGUUUAUCCUACACCGGCGGGAUACCGGGCAGUGGCGGUGGAGGAACUGGCGGUGCAAACGGGGUGGAUACCCCGCCCGAGAUUUUGGCUAACAAUAACAAUAAUCCUAGAACAACAUCUCUCCUCGGCGGCAGUGCCGGCUCUUCCAAUUCUGAAGGGACCUCAUCAGCAUCAUCUGCAGUUUCCUCACCACAGCAAAUUGGGCCUGAAGCGCCCGAAACGCAAGGAUACAGACACUAUAUUUUGGGAGAGAAAACGCCAGCACCAACGAAUGCACCCAAUUACUGGGCCGGGUCUGCGGAAUAUGUUGCGAAAGGAGCUGGUGGUGCGCCGGGUGGUAAUACAGCGGCGAAUGCUGUCGUGCCAGACGCAGGAACGGUUGUACCAGCAGCACAUAGCUCUGCGACAGAGCAGCUGGUAACUCCAGUUGGUGGCGCAGCACCUCCUAGCAGUCCUGCAGGGGUUGUUUUGGCUUCAGUAGGGGGAGGAGCUCCUGCCACGACCGUAACGGAUGCAACGCUCAGCACCACUGCAAAGCCGGGCGGUACCGACAUGGUCACCGUCGCCCCUGGGCAGCAAGCAGAUGCGUCGUCCUUUGGUAUGGGAACGUUCACAACCGGGAAAGAAGCACUGUCGUUCAAAGCGCAGGACGCAGAUACGGUGACCUUCUCCGCCUGGAUAUACCUGCCAGAGAUACCGGUGCUGAGAUAUUUAAGACAGUAACUUGCUUUGGUCCGAUGGCGUUUUUCUUCGCACAGAAAUGGCGACACCUUUAUUCCCGUAGUUCUAAUUCGCACAAGAACUGCAUCUUCAUUAUGCAUAAAGAAACCAAUCUCAAAGUCAAACGCAAAUUCAAACAGGCCGAGUCUCUUCCGGUCGAGUCCCAGUCGAUAAAAACGAUAGCCGCCACGAAAAACUCCGGCUGCGGCGUCGGCCAGGACAGCAACGGCUGGGCCUUUUUCGUUCACGAGUGGGGGACUCUGAACCAACAACUUCGCCUCUCCUGGACUACCCCCGAAUCUGCCUGCAUAGAGAUGAAAGCCCACGCCCAGAUCCGGUACAACAAGUGGACCUUGGUCGGCUUCUCCUUUUACCCCGAUCGCGCUGUUGUGUUAUGAAUGGCAAAAGUAUCGUCCCCGUGCUAGUACUCAAUCUACUUAAUUCUUUUUCUUGCAAUACAAAUUUAGCUCUGCGUGACAAAUGGAGUUUUUCAAGCUGAUUGAGCUUGGGAAAGAGAUUUGUCUUGCGUGAUUGCGAUUAGCACGUGCGAUAUUUUUUCACUGCAUAUGGGUACAUCGGGAACAAGAUUGUCGCGGACACAUCCGAAGCCAACCGGGAUAUCUACAGCAAGGGUUCCGUCUACGUCGGGGGUUUGUUCCCGCGGAUGGUGGCCAAUAGGGAGACGGAUCGGCCUACCGCAGGAAAAAACUGUUUCACUGUAAACUUGUAAUGCAAAACAUGUAUCAGUAUCUUCGAAGUGUUUGUCUUGCUACACAUGAAAGACAAUCGAUUUUAGCUGUGUUUUCGCUUAGGAACCUCGCAUGGCAAAUUUUCUCUGUCAUGUAGAGUGAACUUGUGAUGCAAAACUGGCAAAAUCCUUACAGUGAAACACUUUUUUCGUGGGAUACGGCUCUACCUGGGCGGCUUCAAACCGGAGCAGCAGGGCAUGCACGGCUUCAUGGGAUACAUGCUCGACGCGCGGUACUACAGUUACACGUGGCCCGACGCAAAAGCGUUCUUCGACGCGACGAUAACGAGACUCGACGAUUUGAUCGACAACAAACACCUACUAGACCGGAGUAGCAUGAAAGUGCACGUGCAGUUUGGACAGUCUACCGGGCCGGUGGUCAAUAGGGUAACGAGGGAAAUCGGAAUCUACAAAACGUUGGACAGCAAAGAACCGGUGCCGCUCUUCAAAUCGACCCCGUACUGCUUUUUUCAUAGUUUUUCCAUUUUCAUUAUCUGAUGGUUGGGGCUUCAAACCCACGCGUAGUCUCACGCGAACUCGUCCCAGAAGGAGUCGGAUUUCAUAAAAAAUUUUCUCACUUUUCAGAAAUCAUCAAACCUUAGGUACAUAGAACGGCCAGACGUGUCCUGGGUUGCGAAAACGCCUCCUCCAGAAGCGACGGAUAUGCAAGCGGCUGCCUGAUUCACUAUUCCACAACACAGUCAUGGUCAAUUAUUCCGGGAAAGCUGUUUCUCCAGCUUGAUUGAUAUGCAUGCUGAAGUCGAUAAAUAAGGUUAAGCAGAAGUUCUGUGCCAUGCAUGCGUAUAGCUCAAGUACAUGACUACCAUCGAGUAGAGCCCAUGCAUUCAGAGUAUAAACGAUGGACGAAGCUCAUACUGGUUGUCGAGAGACGUCUGCGCAUCACCCUAGCGGUAGCUUUCUAUUCAUUCUGAGAGUGAAAUGCACUUAGUGCAAGAGCGAGAGACUUAAGUGCCGAGGUGAAUGCUCAAUAGUAGACCUACUUACCCUGGGCUGGACUUGAACACAGCAUCCAGCUAGCGAAUUUGCCGCGCUCGUAGUACUAGCUCGUCGCCUGUGACGCUCCUUAAUGACAAAAAGGAAAGACGAAGACGAGCACUGCAGCACUUCUUUUACUGCAGCUACCGAGAAUGAAAGAAAAUCAAAUAUCGCGCUUCAUUUGAAAAAAAAAAAUCUUAGGAAGCACGGAGGUGCUUCGACUUAUUUCACAGCACGACCAUGAGAAUACAGUAAAUUUGAAGAUCUUUCCAAGAAAGAGGCAGCACUACCAUCAUGAGAAUACAGAUGAACAUUACUUAAACAGAAGCUCGUCAAAAUUUCCAGCCCCUCCAGCCUGCGCUGCAGCACCUGCUGCGAUGCGCAAUGCAGGCGCCGGCCGAGGAGGUUUUAGGAGUACCGCAGCACGACAGGGGGCACCAGCGCAAGUACUUUUCGGCGCGAGCAGCAGCUUUUUGUUGCUCUACUCGCGAUCGUUAUUUUAUUUCCAGGUAGCACUCGCAUCGGAAAUUGCUUCCAAUGCCGAAGCGGAAGCUGGUGCAACUGGUACAACUUCAACGGCAGCCGACAAAGCUGUCGCGGGGGCGACUGCCGAUGCAGGCCAUCUCCCCCUGCUCCCCAGCCCACCGCCCCCCGGUGGCCGACUAGUCCUGGCAGCACCUCUAGCGGUGCAAGAAUCUGCGUCCGGCGCCCAGAGCAGUUACCCCGAGUUGCUACACCAGACUCGGACGCAGCUUUUUCACCCGGUUUUCCCGCCUUUUUUCGCCGCCCCGCCGGCAGAAAGCCUUCCCAAUGCUGGUGCAGUUGCACAACAACAGCCGCCGCCGCAGCAGCAGCAGCCGCAGCAGCCGCAACCUGUUUUACCGCCUCUUCCGAAACCGCCGGCAAGAAAUCCACCAAGUACUCCGAGCCUGUCACAACAAGACGCUUCCUUGCAUAACAACCAGAACAUCAACCCGCGCCCGCCGUCGGUGUUUCCCCACCGCUGGUCCGUAUUGAGCGGGCUCAAACAGAGACCGGCGCGGUUUCCGUUCCGCCGACGGCAGGCCCGCAUUCCGCUCCGGAGAAGGCGUAUGGAUUGCAAACAUGUCUGGGUCUGGAAGAUUGCAACUUGUCAUGCUAAAUCCGAAUCAUGCAAGAAUCUGUGUUGCAUGAGCGGCAAAAGCUGUCCACUUUCGACCAAGUUGGAAUGGAGAUUCUCAUGCAGGAUAGGCAUGACAAAGACCUCACAGAGUCUGUCAUGCUAAGUCCAGCAUUCCAGACCUCAUGGGUCAUGGAAAACCUGCAUGACAAGUUUACACAGACAUUUUUGCAAUCCACAAGGCGGUACUUCCCGCCGAAGCGGGGACCCGCGCAGCGGACGCGCGUCGUGUAUGGAAGCGUCAGGUUUGAAAUCGUCAAAGUUGAAAUAAUUUGUAAUGCAUAAAAUGCAUGACCCGAGGCACGUGUGUUGCAGAGCAGGCAAGUGAGGCCGAUUGUCAGCCUGUUUGGGGUUACAGAUCGAGCUGCUAAAGUAGCAUGAGAAAAUCGCUCUUCUUUGCCUAAACAGCAUGGCAGACUGGAUUUAGGGACCGCCGAAAUUUGUCAUGCGCCACUUGGAAACUGGGUUCCAGCUGGCGUCCAUUUUAUGCAUGGCAAAUUAUUUCAACUUUGUCGAUUUCAACUCUGACACAUCCAUAUCGUGAUGAAAGAUGGUAAGAUGAUGAGAGUGAUGCUGAUGCAAAGAAUAGGAAGACCCAGGUUGAAACUGAAAGACCCCACAAAAUUAUGGAGAGAAAAAAGUUUGUCACACUCACUAACUUGCAGGAUUUGCAUUACAAAUUUUCUCAGCAUCACAAACUUUCCUUGUAUUGCAGAAACACUAGGGAACUCCCUAAUGAAGUUUGUCUGUGAUGCAUUUUUACGCAUGACAAACAAUUUUGUAUUGCAAGAAUGCGCAUGAGUGAUCGUGACGAACUUUUUUUCUUCGAUAAAAGUCGUGGUGGUGGAACAGGACCCCUCCGCCGUUCAUAGUAUGCAUUGCAAAUAUCCCUGGAUGUCUGGAAGGAUGCAACUUGUGAUGCUACCUUUCGAUUCUACAGAAAAUCUGUAUUGCAUGAACAGCAAAAGAAGUCGAGUUUGUUGCUACGCGGAGAGGGCAUUUCUGAUGCAGUAUGGGCAUCAGAAAGUCCUCGCAGAGUCUGUGAUGCUACGGCAUGCAUCACAGACAUCAUGGGUCAUGCAAAAUCUGCAUGACAAACUCCUGCAUUCUUCCAGAGGACCCAGACAUAUUUGCAUUUGAUACAUAGCCGACAUUACCGACGUGGAGCCGCGGGCGACACUCCCGGAUGACGUGUUGAAGGCAAGUUUUCCCGCCCGAUGGAAAGAAAAGUUCUCCGAGGACGAAUUGGUCCAGUCGCAACGAGACGCCGACGUCAUGGCCGAAACCGUCCGGAAAGAGAUGGUGCACUGCUGGCGGGGGUACAAGGCAACCGCGUGGGGCAAGGACGAGGUGCGCCCGGUCACCGGGGGAGGCCACAACUGGGUCUCCAUCGGGAUCACCAUACUAGACUCGCUGGACACGCUGUGGGUGAUGGACCUGAAAAAAGAAUUUGCAGAGGGGGAGGACUUCGUCCAGAAACUAGACUUUGGGGCGAUAAGGUAAAAAGUGCUGAUGUGGGAGGUGAUUAUUGCGGUGAUGUGAUGUGAUGUUGAUGCAGCUAUCACAACGAUGAACACAACUUGUGUUUGCGUACUUAUCCAUUUUCGCAUGCCAAAUUUCCUUAUCGUUAUCACAGAUCUGGCUACCAUUCCGUCUUCGAAAUCACGAUCCGUGGUCUCGGUGGGCUGCUCUCGGCCUUCUCGCUGUCCCAGCACCAGAUUUUUCUCGACAAAGCAGCGGAUUUGGGUUCCAGAUUGCUCCGCGCUUUCACCCAGGAGUCCGGGCUACCAAAACCCCAGAUAGACCUCGCAUCCGGCGGUAGCAGGUGGCUGAACUGGUAUCAACUGUAAAAAUGUCUUGGUCUGGAAAGUUGGAACUUGUGAUGCUAACUGUGGACUCUAAAAAAAUCUGUAUUGCAUGACCAGCAAGUAGAGGAGCCGCAUUUGUGCUACGCGUGGAGGGCAUUUGUCAUGCAGAAAUGGCAUCAGGAAGCCUUCCAAAAAUCUGUGAUGCUGGGUCAUGCAUCACAAGCAUCAUGGGUCAUGCCAGACAAGCAUGACAGGCCCUGCAUUCUUCCAGACCCAGACAUAUUUGCAAUCCAUAACUGGGCGACGGGCACAAACAUCGCAGAAGUCGGAACCUUGCAACUGGAGUUUCGCAUGCUGUCCGCGCACACAAAGAGGACGGAAUUCUGGACCGUGCCAGAUAAAGCGUUCAUGAAGAUCGUCGAGAACAGCGAAAACGCGAAGAAGGGUUUGGUGCCGAUCUACAUGGGGUCGAAACAGCAGUCCGCGCACAGCGGGUUCAUCGGAGGGAGGAUAAGUCUCGGGGCAAUGGGGGACAGUUACUACGAAUAUCUAGUGAAGCAGUGGCUACAGAACGGGAAGAGGGACGCACGGUAUUAUGAUAGUGAUGCUUCGUUUUUUUAUUUUCAUGCCUGUUUUGUAUUCGAAAAUUUAGCUUUUUGUCAUCUUCCAGAAGGAAAAAGUAGAAGGAGAUAGUCACAGUCAGCGCGCGUGAAGAUGCGGAUGGCAAUUUCAAUUUCUUACAAAAAUAUAAAUCAGGUACAAGGCAUUAUUCGUGAAGGCCAUGAAUGAAAUGAUGGACCGGCUCGUGGUGAAAACCAAAAAGGGCACCAUUUUCAUCGCGGAAGAGAAUGCGGGAAAGCGGUUGGACAAGAUGGACCACUUGGCCUGCUUCGUGCCGGGCAUGUUGAUACUCGGGAUCCUCGAACUAGACAAGGAAGAGGUGGACCCAAGGUGGCUUCCGGCGGCGGAAGGAGUUGCGGAAACCUGUUACAAAAUGUAAUACCGUAGUACAACUUCAUUUAUUUCCUUCGUGGUUCUCUCUUCUAUACCGAUCAUGCAAAAAACAACCAAGAGUGAUCCGUUUUCAUCAUGCAAACUCUACUCCUCCCUCAAUAAUUCUACCAAAACCAAGGUACAAGCUCGCGCACACCGGUCUCUCCCCGGAGUAUGUCCGUUUCGACGUGAAUGCCAAGGAUAAUGCGAACGAUAUGGUGCUCCCGCCCGACGGCGCGCACAAUUUGCUUCGGCCGGAAGCGAUCGAGGCUCUGUUAUCAAAUGCAAAUAUACUUAUCUGGGUCUGGAAUAAACUUGUAAUGCUGAGUGACGUAGCAUGAGGAGGCCACAAAUGAUGGCUCAUCAUGACAAGUUUAUUCUGAGCUUCUAAGUGUUCGUGUUGCCUAUUCUGCAUGACAAACUGCGUCUCUGUAUCGCGGAAAAAUAGGGCUUUUGGGUAACGUGCAUGACAGACUUGGGAGUCUUGCUAGCCUGGCAUGACAAACCUUGCUCUUACUUUUCCAGACCCCAGACAUAUCUGCACUGCAUAUCUGUACUACCUGCACUACUACACCGGGGACCCGAAAUACCGGAAGUGGGCGACCGAGAUGUUUAUCACACAGAAAAAAGCUGGCAGGGCACAUUUGUAAUGCAAAAAUAAAUACACAAAAAAACCUGUAUUGCAUAUCGGAAACAGCAUGCUAUGGGGCCACCCAUGACAAAUUUUUGUGUGUGUUUAUUUUUGCAUUACAAAUUAUAUGCCCUGCCAGCUUUUUGUUUUGUCUGUGUGAUAAUGUUUUUGGCGUUCAAGAAGCACUCGAAGACCAAAUACGGUUACACCGCGUUGCGGGACGUGCGGAAUCCGUCGGUCCGGAGUAACCAGCAGGAAUCCUUCUUCAUGGCCGAAACGAUGAAAUACUUCUACCUGAUUUUUUCCCCCAUCACAAUCCUGGACUUGAGCAAGUACAUCAUCAGCACGGAAUAUGCAAGAAAAGAACUAUGUGAGUGUAAGUCUGUGAUGCAGAAAGUGCAAAACUGCUACACUUGUCAUGCUGGAUGUGCAUCAGAGGCUCUUUCCUUCGUGUUUUCAGGUACUGGAUACGCAUGACAGGUUUUCUGUGUCAUGCAGAGCAAACUUGUGAUGCUAUUCCUCCAAGAAAAUUACUUUACACCUACACAGUUUUUUCCUUGGAUACGGAAGCCCACCCGAUGGCCAUGCCCAUCAAAUUUCCCGGGGCGCUGCCGGUGUGAGAAGCAGGGGGGCGGGAAGUAGAGGCGCAGAGGAACAAAAGCGGAAGACAUCGGAAGCGGCGAAAAUGCCCAUGUAUCAUUAAAUGUUUUUAACGUCCUCACGAAAGCAAAGUUUAUGAAUCUGUACAACAUCAUGCGAAUUUCUUAAUUUUUUAACAGUCUUAAGUACACCUUUUAUCCACCAAGUCGUUUUUAGCAUUGAAAAAUAGUGGUCGGCCUUGUGGCAAUUCCAAGUUCAGUCUUAGUCUUAACCUUCUAAAAAGAUGCGACUUCGCCCCCCGCCUGGGAGGCAAAGCGUCGAUAGAAAACUUUCAAUGGUUUGUGCAAGAUGAAACAACGACACUCAUCAAUGAAUGAGUCGAAAGUGGCUAUUCCGCUGCUAAGUUUUUGUAGUUCUUUUUUCUUUGACACUAGCGAAUGCGAAAGCUCGAGCGAAUACUACUAAGAAAUGCGACCAGUUAAUGUUACCAGUGGCAGUGACGCCCGCUCGCAAGAGAGCGGAGUUUCAAAUAGCCCCGUUCGCUGAUAGAAGUAUCACGAAAUCUUCAUUUCAUUUCUUCUGUACAGUUUAGAAUUGAUUGCCGUAGUAUGGAUGGCCAGAACUACGUCACCGGAGGUUGGAGAAAAGCGGGAUUACACCAUACGAUGGCCACGGUACACUGUACAGUUUCGCGAGACCGGUGCAGAUUUUUUGAUUUGCCAUCGUUAGAAAAAGGAACGACCGAAGAGUCGCGCACGCAUGGUUUCAUUUUGAUUUCCA